UGCACUAGCAGUUACUGUUAUAUUUUAAUUUAUUGUGGGAAUCGAAUCCAUCGUAAUGUGGGGGUGGAAAGUAAUUUUGUUUGUGACCAUAAGCAUGAGUGUUAAUGGUUUAGAGGUGUACCACUUGAGCUCAGGAACAAUGUUUUUUCCGGACGAUUCAUCUGAGCAUUUUGGAUAUACUGUGGUGCUUCGGCCGAACGCUCUUAUUGUUGGAGCUCCAAAAGCAAAAAGUAGACUAGACGGCUUGAAAAAUAUAUCAUCAGGCCAAGUAUUCAUCUGCAGCCUAAAAGAUUUGGUGACAAAAAAAAUUGCUUGUUUACCUUUAGGAGAGCAAAAAAUGGAGCGGGACCCCGACUUUCAGAAACUCCGAAGAGAGAAUUUUCUUCGAAAUGACAUGUGGUUUGGCGGUACCGUCGCGGUUGUUCCACAAAAUAUGUUACUGGUAUGCGCACCACGAUGGGCUGUCCCACACUCGGACACUCAUUUACUAGCGAACGGAGCUUGCUUUAUACAGUCGAGGAGUCAACACCAACUUUUAAAACCAUUAAGCCAAUUUGGCCUUCAGGCGUAUGUGUGUGAUGGCUCUAGAAAAGAAUAUAGGGAGUAUAAGAACCAAAAUAUAAACUACUACGCCUACGCCCAGGCCGGGUUCUCAUUGAAAGUCACCAAUACGACCAUUUUGAUGGGAGCGCCUGGACUUCUUCAAUGGACAGGAGGUGUUAUCGAAUAUGAGUACUCCCCGGGCAUGUUCCAUUUUGAAAGAAGACCAGUUGUAAAUCCAUAUAAUGUUGCAGAUUUGGGCCCAGAUGAUUAUUUUGGUUAUAGUGUAGAGGCUGGUGUGUUUGGAAGCGAUGGCUCUACCUUGUAUGUUGCUGGCGCACCACGAUCCAGCUCAGGAUACGGCUUAGUUUUGAUCUUCAAAAUAUCAACAAAAACGACGGAUACAAACUUUCACGUUAAGGCGAGGAUACGAGGCAAACAGUUGGGGUCAUAUUUUGGUGCAAGUUUACUCUGCACCGACGUAAAUGGUGAUGGUGUCACCGACUUGCUGGUGGGUGCACCAAACUUCGUCACCAAAAAUGGCGGACUACCAUACGAUCAAGGAGCUGUAUUUGUUUACAUAACGAAACAACAGGGAUCAAACUUCACAAUGAAGUUCUCUGGCUACGUGUACGGGUCGGGAGAGAGCGGCGCUCGGUUCGGCACUGCUAUGGCUGAUAUAGGCGACGUUGACAACGAUGGCUAUAAUGAUAUUGCGAUAGGGUCGCCUUGGGAAAAUUCUGGGCGUGGCGCGGUUUAUAUCUACAAAGGCAGCCCUACUGGUUUGAAAGCCCAAUUUAUACAAAAAGUCACCGUGGCAGACGCACGAAGCUUUGGAAUUUCAGUCUCCAAAGCCUUCGACAUUGAUAACAACAACUGCAGCGAUUUAGCUGUAGGUGCUCACAACUCCCGAAGCGCUUACGUAUUUAGAUGUGUACCCACCGUCCACGUGGAUAUCUCAAUCAAAGUGCCCGAUGCUAUGAAUCUACAGGACAAAGUGUCCAAUUUCACUGCGCAGUUCUGCGUAAAGGCAGCCAAGAGCAGAAGAACAAGUAAUGCAGCAGAGCUACGAGCAAAGAUAUUGAUUGAUCCAGAAGGUAACAGAGCUAAUGUAUUGGAGGACUCGGAGUAUGACGUCACAAUACAUCCGGGAAUGGAAAAUUGUGAGGAACGGACGGUCGAAGUGACGCCCACUGCGGAUUUAUCGAGACCAAUUACAAUGAGUUUUAAAGUGGAAUCGAUCGAGACAUACGAAAAUUCAACGAAGUUCCCGCAACAUAUAGCGAGGCUGUCGGAUGAAUCGACUCUACAUUCGUCCUUUGAUAUACAGCUGAUGAGGGGAUGCGGUGAGGACUUAAUAUGUAGGCCGCUUUUACAAAUGACCCUCAGCCCUUUGGACACCCCUUACAUCCCUGGUACGAAUCAGAAGUUCGGCGUAAAGGUCACGGUAAUCAACACAGAGGAACCGGCGUUCGGUGCUAAAGUGCAAAUAAAGCUGCCUGCGUCUAUCAAACGGGAGCCCACUGGCUGUUCACUAGAAGGAGAUGGCCCGGAGAAAAAUUUAACGUGUACCCUCCCAGCGCCGUUAUACAAAAACGUUACCGUCGAGUGGGAAAUAGAAUUGGAGUACACGCAGGAGACAGACGAGGUACUCAUUGAAGCUGUAUUGGACGAGCCGUUUUUCGAUGGUGAUGAGAAACAUAAAGCCAACGUCUCUAUUCCAAUUACGCCGAAAGCUAACUUUUUCAUAAGUGGAAAAGCUCUUCCCAAUGCGACUGUCACAAUAAGCAGGGAUAAACUUAAGGGAGGCGAAAAUUUGACAUUUCUUCAUUAUUUCGAGGUAACAAAUAUAGGUCCCUCAUAUUGGUUACAUUUGCCUGCAGAAGUUUUACUAUCUAAUGAGGUCCACCUAUCCACUACCAUCAGGGGAUGUUCUAACAGAACUAACCUAGUGUGCAUGUGGGAGGUACCAGCCAAAACGUCGAUGCCCUUAAAACUGCCAUUACGAAUUAACUUCAAGGAGCAUGGUAUAGAGCAGCUUUUCGGUGAAAUAUUGGAGCAUAACAUAACGACAGUUUUGACACUCUAUCACGAAGGCAAAACUAUAAACCAAACAAUUGUGACAACGUUUAUUCUGGAACCUUCACAACCGAUAUGGCCUAUCAUUGUAGGUUGUAUGUCUGGCCUGCUGCUGUUGGCAAUUAUUGUCCUCGUAUUACAUCGUUGUGGCUUUUUCUUUCGGAAGCGGUUUAACAACGAAAUGAACGACACUCAGGACGAACUGUUGCCCGCCGAAGAGUCUACUCCCAGUGGCAGUGCUGGCCUUGCUGAUGCCUUCCGAGAAACGAACACGAAUAAUUGUUCCACUGAAAUGCUUCUAGAUGAUUCUGACUAAGACAAAGGGCGCACAACCUGCAUUCGACUACUUCGAUAAAGUUUCCGUCGCCAAGUGUCAUGGCGUUUAGGCGGCCGCAUACACACGUUUUAGCAUUCGAUAUCCAAAUUCGUUUUCAGUAUUCGGAAAUCUGAACGCAUUGAAUCAGUAGAAAAUACAUUAACUGACGCACACGUGCGUUUU